UGUCCAGUAACAGGUUCAUUUGUCUGAUGUCCCAAAUAAUGUAUAAAGCAAAGAAUAAUUUACUUCCUGGGUAAGAUCUCAUCUUAACCAGCCAGAAGGGGGAGGGGUUACACUUUAAGUGACUAAAUGUGUAUUUCAAUUUGUGGGCGUGUUUUUUAAAUGGUUUGGAUAUAAACCAACCAUAAAUCAAUUCAAAAGGAUGUACACAGAGUGACAGGAAGGGUUGGUAGGGUGAAUGUGAGGAUUCGACAGGAAGUCCUCUCCCUAUAGAAAUAACGGUAACACAGUGGGUGAAAGAUCAAACCGAAUCGAGAGUUUCAGUUGAACGUAAGUGGUGAAAGAUGUUGACCGUCAGCAGAACCGGUCGGACCGGACCGAGCUGUGCACGCCUCAGGCAGGCGGAACCGGUCCGACAGGUGAGAUCCCUCCGCCAGGUGAAGACCUACAAAAGGCUGAGCUCCGCUCUUCAUCUGUGAGUGCUUCUCAGGUGGAUCAUACAGCGUUAUAAACCAUGUUUCACCUGCUGCUGCUGGCCGGAGUGGUUCUGGGAGGAUACAUCCUUCUCAUACGGACUCUCUUCAAAAGAUCCAAAUGUAAAGGAAACGCAGCGAUCGCUGGCAAGACCGUCAUCAUCACAGGAGGAAACACUGGCAUCGGUAAAGCCACAGCUCUGCACCUGGCCAGGAAGGGAGCCAGAGUGAUCCUGGCUUGCCGAAACCGGGACAAGGCCGAGGGCGCCAUCGCAGAUAUACAACAGGAAACAGGAAGUACUGAUGUGUGCUACAUGCAGUUGGACCUGGCCAGUUUGAAGUCCGUCCGCUGCUUCACAGAAACGUUCCUGAAAACUGAGUCCAGGUUGGAUCUGCUCAUCAACAACGCUGGUCUGGUGGGUGACGGGCGGACAGAAGACGGUUUUGGUAUCCAGUUCGGGGUGAACCACCUGGGUCACUUCCUGUUGUCGUACCUGCUGCUGGAGCGUCUGAAGGAGGCGGGGGGAGGACGAGUGGUCACUCUGUCCUCCAUGGCUUACUGCUGGGGACACAUUGACCUGGAGGCUCUGAUGGUGAACAGACACCUGGGCACCGGCAGAUACAGCUGGCAGUUCUUCCAGGCGUACUGCAACAGUAAACUGUGUAACGUGCUCUUCACUCACGAGCUCGCCAAGAGGCUGAAAGGAUCCAACGUCACCUGCUACAGCGUCCACCCAGGUGUGGUUAAGACCGAGCUUUCCCGUCACGUCAGUCUGUGGCAGAAGGUCUUCAUCGAGCCCGUGGCCCGUCUGCUGUUCCUGGACCCGGAGGCCGGAGCUCAGACCACGCUGCACUGCUCCCUGCAGGAAGGAAUCGAGGUUCUGAGCGGACGUUACUUCUCCUGCUGUGCUGUGCAGGAAGUGUGCGCCGAGGCCCGAGACGACGUCGUGGCCCGGAAGCUGUGGGAGAUCAGCGAGAGUCUCUGUGGACUCUCUUAAGGUUAACUGACAGAUCAGAGAGCAGCUCUGUGUUCAGAUGACAGCUGAACUGUGCUGCUGUAAAAGCUUUUCUGAUCUGAACAAGACGACGGCAACGCCUCCCCCCAUCCCCCCCGCCUCCACAACGAUAUGCAGACUCCACCGGGAAUUCACCGAGAUCUGUCGACGCCACGAGGAGACGUGCCGCUGUUUGAACUCACUACUCAAAGAAAAUAAAAGAUGUGGAAGCUGAUUGU